AUGGAUUGGCCGCAACAGUACCGCGCGCGGGUCACGGCAGGUGGGCCUGGGGAAUACCGCAUGCCAGUGGAGCGAGAUGAGGAAGCUGAGGAAUGCACUCCCGCUAUUGUCCCCAAGUUCGAUCUGUCUAAUGCUAUCACCAUUGCAUCCAUGAAGUCACCGAAAGAGAAGAGAAAAAGAAAACCCGGCAAACGUGACAGAGAUAACCUGCGGAAGGAGAACAGUCUUCUCCGACAAGAACUCGAAAAGACCUCCACGGAGCGAACUAAUGCAACGAGAUGCAUGGAAAUGAAUCACCUCAAGGAAGAAAACUCCCAACUCCGCCGAGAACUUGAUAACGCUGUUAUGCAGGGCGAACCUGGCACUACGACAAGGUGGAGGUUGGAAAUAUUCCAACUAGAAGAGAAACUAAGAGGCGCACUUCGAGAGGGCAAGGAUGCGAAAAGGAGUCUUCGAGCCUACAAGAACAACAUCACGCAGAAGGAACACAGGGUUAAAAUCAAGGCCUUGGAGCGUGAACUUGCAGAGGAGAAGGUGGAGAAUAGAGCGACAGUUGGCAGGUUAGAGAAGAUUGUCAGAAAUCAGAAAGAAAAGCUCAGGGAGGAGAUAUCAGAGCGCGAAAAGGCGCAAAUGCUCUUGUGUAAGUCAUUGAGCAGUGGGCAUGUAUGGUCGGGGUGGACAGAGCGCAUCUAUGAUCAAGAGCAAGGAUUAGUGCUUGAAACUUGA